AGAUGAUGCAUUGGUGGCUUAAAGCCGGAAGCAAAACACUAUUGGACCUUCUUAAACAUCUCAUUCCAGGUAUAAUUUGUUGGUUUAUUUGGAAAACGUAUGCGGAAUUCAUUUGGGGUGAUAGGGUAGGAGGUGUGUCAUCUGAGAGCAUUAUAAUUCAAAUAAAACAUUUCAUAAGUACCUGGAUAACUAGUCUUUCCAGAUUAAAAAUUCCCGGUGUGGAGGAUGUGUUAUUGGAAGAGGGGAUUAUUCCACGGAAUUUCAAGGUUUCGAGGAUGAAAAUCAGAGCUAUUCGAUGGAUUAAACCCCAAAAUUGUCUUAAGCUCAACACCGAUGCCUGUUACGUACCUGGGAAAGCUGGUGGUGCUGCUAUUUUGAGAAAUGACGAUGGGAAGUUGAUUGCGGCAAUCGCGUUUCCUUUGGUUGCCUCGUCGAGCCUGGAAGCGGAAAUCUUCUCCAUAGCUUACGCCUCUCGCUGGAUGGUAGACGCCGGGUUCCAUGGCUUUCAUGUUGAAACUGAUUGUAUGCUUGCACUGGGUUAUCUCACUCAGGUAAGAGACGGUCGAUGGAAGGGUUGCUUUCAAGAAAUGGAGCUUCUCAGAAUUAGGAAAGCGAUUAGUUUCGGACAUAUAUGGCGAGAGGCUAAUACUGCGGCCCAUUAUCUGGCCAAAUCUUCUACUAAUAUACUUCAGCAAUUUUACAGGGCCAAAGAUCUGCCAAUUCAGAAAUUUGUGCUUCCAAGUUCCUAUUCUCUCUUUCUUAUAAUUGUGCUUGGUGUACUGGCUUUCUUCGCUGAGAUAACUUUGGCAAGAGGACUUCAGCUUGAGAAAACCAGCAAAGCUGUCAAUGUACUCUAUAUUGAGGCAGCUCUAUCGCAGUUGUUGCGAAUGGGUUCUUUAAGAAUCGCAUCCUUUGGUAAAUUAGUUGGAUGUUUACUUAUUUUGAUCUCAGCUAAUUUCACGCUGAUCUCUUAUGGACCUGAAUGAGACUGAAAGGAUUAUGAACAUCAUAUUUCUCUAUCGUGCGCCACCA